GUUGCUGAGCCGGCCUCCGAUCGCGUCCGGCUUCCCUUCGGCAGCAGCAGCAGCCAGGCUGCGGGUGUGAGGCGACCCCCCAGGCCCGCCCGCCGCCGGCCCCGCUGCUCGGGCACCGGCAGUUGCCCCGCGGCCUCGGCAGGCAGGCGGGCGGGGCCGGGCGGCGGGGCGCUGCCGGCUGGGCCAUGCCGUGGCGGCCGCUGCUCCUCUUCCUCGUCGGCAUCUUCCUUCUCGGCCCGGCCCGGGCCCCGGGCACAGAAGCUUCUCCGCAUCUGCCAGCACCAGAGGAUGUAAUGGUUUAUUCCUUUAACUUUUGUAAUUCCCUGAGGUGGUCUCCUGUUAAAGUGGAUGGAGGCUCGGUGUCCUACACGGUGCAGUUUAAAACAGGUGCCUUCAACCACUGGAGUGAGAUGAACUGCACCCGUAUCACCCAGACUGAGUGCAGUUUCCUCAAGUCGGUAAAGGAACGUCGCUGGACCGUUGUUCUGCGCGUGAGGGCUGAAAUGGGGCCAAGGACUUCAGCCUGGGUGGAAACGGACCCGUUUGUGGCAGAGAGAAACACUACCAUAGGGCCUCCUAAAGUGAACAGUGUGAUUGUGAGCUCUGACUCCCUUCUCAUUAGUGUCACACCUCCUUUUGGACCUGAGCCAGGUUACCAUUUACAGUAUCAUGUGUCCUACUGGGAGAACACAACGAUUACUACCAAAAAAGAGAUAAAGACAAGCAAUACACUAUUCAAAAUUAAAGAUCUGAAGCAAUCGACACUUUAUUGUUUUACAAUUCAAAUAGAACUGAUGACAUAUUCAAGAUUCCAUUUGAUUGGACUGCAAACAGUCCCGGAGUGUUACAGAACAACCAUCAGCGAGGCGACCAAAGCUGGAUAUAUUGUAGCAAUAUUUAUGUCCGUCGGUCUGCUUUUAAUUGUCAUAAUAGUUGGUUUCUUUUGUUUAUGGAGGAACCAGAAAGCAAUUAAAUAUUUGUCCCAGCCACCUUUAAGAAUCCCAUCACACUUUGAAGAGUAUUUGAGAGACCCCAGCAUGCCUCAGUUAGAGGUGCUGGAGAACCACGAUGAAGAUCCCCAAGAUUUGCUAACAGUUGUGUACACCGGAGAAGGAAGCAGUGCAUAUGGUGACAUGUUGGAUGGUAACACUUGUUCACACAGCAGCUCCAGCAGCCGUGAUGUGACUUAGGGGGCACCUUAAGGGGACACCUGUAUCCAGUUUUUGCAGAAGCUCCUGCCUACAAGUGGUACUGCUCAGCUCCCACCAAGACAGACAGUGAGCUCUGGACAAAACACAACCACUAACAAAUCCUGAGCAAGACUUGGCUUCCUGAGAAUAAUGUGGAACCUGAGCCGUUUUAAAAGCAGUUUCUGUGGUGCUGCAGCAGCAACAAUAUCCUUUCUGCCACAGACUAGGAAGGUGGAAUUUGAAGGCGAAAUGAACACUAAAUUGCCUUAAGAAAGACAGCUGGCUUGCAAAUGACUGUAUCAUCAUCCUAUUCCCUCCUCCUCCCCCCGAAGUCCAGCUUUGAGGAAUAAUGGCACUUUACUGUAAGAUUGAGUAUAAUGAGGAAUUUUUAAAUAAUUUUAUAGCAGCUUUUGUUUCGUUACUUUACUUGUGAAGUCUGUGUUGCCACUUACGUAGUGUAUUACAUCCAAUCCAGUAUGCUUUCCCAAGUAGUUUUAAAUUUGUCUUUCAUGACUGCUGCUUCAGCCAAAAAUGACAGUCUACAUUCAUGGCACUUAAUCCUUCUCAUUGUGAAUACAUGCAGAGAACUACUCCAAGAAAGGCAAAGCACAGUUAAUUCCAUCCCCCUUGGAUCUGUGCAUCUUCAUACAGUGAUAAAAAAGCAUUAAUCUGUUCCUGCAGUGAGACAAUCAUAUUCUUCACAGCAAUAAAACUUAAUUUUGCUCAGAAGUUAUAUAAAACGUCUUGAUAAUGGUCAGACACUAACAAUCUCUUGUUGACUAGCAGCCCAGUUCUGCACGUGCCAGGAUGACUGCAGGUUGUGGUUUCAGUACCUCAAAGCAGAAACAGCAGAUCACAAAUUAACCCUUAUGUAAUAAUCCUGUGGGAUCUGGAAGGUGUCUCAUAAGACAAAAGUAACCACUUCUAUAGUAAAAAGACGGGGUUUAUUCCAUUUAAAAAUGUGACUUUUUUUCCAUGUUUGAUACAAGUUGUUUUAAAAAAUAAAUAUGCUUGGUUGUUUGCA